AUGAGUAAGAAUGAACUGACAUAAGUUUAAUUUAAGUAGCAAGGACUGUUAUAUUAAAAUGAAAGAGCAGAAGAACAAUUACUAAGAGAAUUUUUUAAUUAUGAUGAUUAAAACGGAGCUUUUAAAAAAGAUAUACGAAGUUGCUCACUUGUCUAAUAAAAAGGUGCUAAUUUUUAAUUUACCCAUAAAUCUAUAUAAGAGUUUUUUAUUGCAGCUGAUUUAUAUUAAGUUUUAGUUCAAUCAAAUAAUUUUGAUACAUAAAUCAUGAAUAUUAUAAUAGAAUUAUUGUCAAAAGAGGAGAAUCAAAAUUAGGAUUGCUUAGAGUUUCUAAAAAAUCUCAAGUAAAAAUAUUCGCAAAAUUAUAAUUAAAUUGGAAUCAAAUCACUUUUAGAAAAACAAAAAUAAAUUUAUGCCUUUGAAUAAACUAUUGAUUCAGUUGCUCAUUUAAUCAAAAUCAUUAAAAUACAUGGUAUUAAUUCUGUAAAUUAUUCCACUGAAACAUAUACUGAAACAAGGCAAUAUCUAAUUAAAAAAAUAUAACAAGAGGUUAGAAUAAUUGAAUUUUCGAAAUUCUUACAAAAAUUGAUAAAGAUUUAAUUAUAAGUGGAUCUAAUGCAAUUAAUUUAUUGGUUGAAAUGUAGGUGGAUCUAACAAACUAAAAUUUUGAAAAUAUAAGAAUAGAAAAUAAUAAUUUAUUUGGAGGUAAUUUUUCGAUAUGUAAUAUUUCUAAGUCUUAAUUUAAGAAUGUGAAUGGAAUUAAUUUAAAUGGAGCUUAAUUAUUUGGAUGUAAUUGGUAAGAUUUGAAAAUAAACGAUUUAUAUUAAUUAGAUGGUCAUAGUAAUGAUGUUUGUUUCUCUUCUGAUGGAAAUACAUUAGCUUCUGGUAGUGAUGAUAAGUCUAUCCGUCUAUGGGAUGUCAAAACAGGAUAAUAAAAAGCCAAAUUAGAUGGUCAUGAGCAUUAUGUUAUGUCAGUUUGUUUCUCUCCUGAUGGAAAUACAUUAGCUUCUGGUAGUGAUGAUAAGUCUAUCCGUCUAUGGGAUGUCAAAACAGGAUAAUAAAAAGCCAAAUUAGAUGGUCAUAGUAAUUGUGUUAACUCAGUCUGUUUCUCUCCUGAUGGAAAUACAUUAGCUUCUGGUAGUGAAGAUAAGUCUAUCCGUCUAUGGGAUGUCAAAACAGGAUAAUAAAAAGCCAAAUUAGAUGGUCAUAGUAAUUGUAUUAACUCAGUCUGUUUCUCUCCUGAUGGAAAUACAUUAGCUUCUGGUAGUGAUGAUAAGUCUAUCCGUCUAUGGGAUGUCAAAACAGGAUAAUAAAAAGCCAAAUUAGAUGGUCAUAGUAGUUAUGUCUACUCAGUCUGUUUCUCUCCUGAUGGAAAUACAUUAGCUUCUGGUAGUGAUGAUAAGUCUAUCCGUCUAUGGGAUGUCAAAACAGGAUAAUAAAAAGCCAAAUUAGAUGGUCAUAGUAGUUAUGUUAGAUCAGUCUGUUUCUCUCCUGAUGGAAAUACAUUAGCUUCUGGUAGUGAUGAUAAGUCUAUCCGUCUAUGGGAUGUCAAAACAGGAUAAUAAAAAGCCAAAUUAGAUGGUCAUAGUAGUUAUGUUAGAUCAGUCUGUUUCUCUCCUGAUGGAAAUACAUUAGCUUCUGGUAGUGAUGAUAAGUCUAUCCGUCUAUGGGAUGUCAAAACAGGAUAAUAAAAAGCCAAAUUAGAUGGUCAUAGUAGUUAUGUCUACUCAGUCUGUUUCUCUCCUGAUGGAAAUACAUUAGCUUCUGGUAGUGAUGAUAAGUCUAUCCGUCUAUGGGAUGUCAAAACAGGAUAAUAAAAAGCCAAAUUAAAUGGUCAUACUAGUAUUGUCUAAUCAGUCUGUUUCUCUCCUGAUGGAAAUACAUUAGCUUCUGGUAGUUAUGAUAACUCUAUCCGUCUAUGGGAAAUCAAAAAAAAGUAUUGUUCAGAUUAUAGAUUUAUAAAAAUGUAGGUUAAAAAUACAAGAUAUCCUUUUUUAAACACCCCUUUGCAGUAAAAGAAUAUUAUUUAAAAUUUGGAUACAUUUAAUAUUAUGGUUUACCCAGACUUCAAUUUUUCAAGGUUUAAGAAAGUUUUUUAUAAAAAAUCGUUUCCUUUUUUUUUAGGAGAAUUAUUGGAGUAACACUUGAUUAAUUUAAAAACUAACUUAUAUUAAACCUUAAUUUAAAUCUAUUUUAAUAUACUUCUUGUGUCCAAUAUUUGUUGA